AUGGGGGUAACAAAUUGGGUUACCGAGCGCCAAAUGGAGGUGGACGAGUCGCAGAACCAGCGGGACAAACGGGUCGAGGAUCUCUGGAGGCAAUUGGACCCCCAGGGAACGGGACAUUUGGACUUUAAGGGGCUGCAGAAGGGGUUGAAGAAGAUUGAUCACCCUAUGAAAAAUGCGGACGACAUGUUGCGGAGGAUCAUGACCGUCGUCGACACGAACGAUGACGGUGUGAUUCAGUAUGAAGAGUUCCGUUACUUCGUAGAGCAGACUGAGAAGCAGCUCAUGUUUCUUUUCCAGUCCAUUGAUAAGGACCACGAUGGAAGACUUGACAAGACAGAACUACAAGAGGCCUUUCGGCGGGCUGGGCUGGUUGUGCCGAUGCGCAAGCUCAGCUCCUUCUUUGGCGAUAUCGACAUGAACAACGACGGCUACAUAAGCUUCGAAGAAUGGCGAGAUUUUCUUUUGUUUAUGCCAACACACAAUGGCCACGCACCUCUGAAGGCCGUGUUGGACUUUUAUUCUUCCAUCGUCACUCUCACUGCUGAGGGUGAUUCGAUGGUAUCGGAGGAGACUCUUGAAGGUUUAGGUACGACCGGCUUCCUUCUGCAAACCCUCUUUGGAUCCAUUUUGAGGAUCGCAUCCCCUUCGGAUCGUGAGCCCGACACCACCCCCGAAGCCCUUGCCGACGACAACGACGACGGCCGCCCUGUGGUGAUGGUGGUGCCUUCCCAGGAAGGCGCUGCGUCGCCCCUUCCCACUACAGCCGCGCAGCUUCCCACCUUGUCAAAAUCGCUGCAAAAACAACAAACUUCACCAGACAGCCUCACUACUGCCACAGAUAGCGCCCAGCAAACCUCCUCUUCGUCAAAAACAACAACACCAAGAACAACUCCAACAACAACCGCGACAACAUCGGUCGUGGUACCAAUAUCCCCGCCGGGCUUUUCAGGUACCAGCGCCGAAAUGAACAAUAUGAACAUGGAGGCAGCGGUGCUGCAGGCGUGCAUCGAGGCCGGAAACGAGAAGCGCGCAGGCAUCCUUCGAAGACUCCCCGGCGUCGGCACCUCUCAAGCGAACCAGGUCACAGACAGCAGCUCCGAGCAAGGCUCUAGCUCAGAUGCAACUGUAGCACCCAAGACCAAGAGACUGACUGACUUCGCUCCUGAUCCAGGUUACUUUGUCGCAGGUGCUGUCGCCGGAGGACUGUCGCGAACCGCCACCGCUCCUCUCGACCGUCUGAAGGUCUACCUGCUCGUCAACACUCGAGCAACCACCGAGACGGCGGCCUCUGCUCUCAAGCAGGGACGUCCGCUAGUCGCUCUCAACAACGCUGUGCGGCCCUUCAGCGAUGCCGUCAAGGAUCUCUGGAAAGCAGGCGGCAUGCGCAGUCUUUUUGCAGGCAAUGGGCUCAAUGUCAUCAAGAUUAUGCCUGAGAGUGCCAUCAAGUUCGGAUCCUAUGAGGCCGCAAAGCGAACCCUUUCUAAGUUUGAGGGACACAACGACCCCAGACAGAUCAGCAGCUACUCAAAGUUCGUGGCGGGCGGUGUAGCUGGCAUGGUUGCCCAAUUUUGUGUGUACCCGUUGGAUACGCUCAAGUUCAGGCUCCAGACAUCGACGGUCCAGGGCGGCCUUACUGGAAACGCCCUUGUUCUUGAUACCGCCAAGAAGAUGUGGCAGGCUGGAGGUGUGCGUAUCGCCUACCGAGGCGUCACCAUGGGCCUCAUGGGCAUGUUCCCCUACAGUGCCAUCGACAUGGGCACUUUUGAGUUCCUCAAAACCUCAUACAAGAAGUACAUGGCCAAGUACAAGGGCAUUCAUGAAGAGGAUGCCAAGCCGGGCAAUAUCAUGACUGGUCUUAUUGGCGCCACCAGUGGUGCUUUCGGAGCAUCAGUGGUGUACCCACUCAACGUCCUGCGAACCCGUCUCCAGACCCAGGGGACUAUCAUGCACCCUGCAACUUAUACCGGCAUCGUGGAUGUCGCACAGCAGACGUUCAAGAACGAGGGUGUGCGGGGCAUGUACAAGGGACUCACGCCUAACCUACUCAAGGUUGCUCCGGCAUUGAGCAUCACGUGGGUUGUAUAUGAGAACUCAAAGAGACUCCUCGGUUUGGAGUGA